CGAUCAUCAAUCUCAAAAUCCAUCUGUUCUUAAGAUAACUUCUACAACACUUUUCUGGAGGUUAAUCGAUCAUCGUGUGCUCUUGUGAUGUUCAAAUCAUCUCGCGCAGAUUAUCACGGCUGGUUAGAGUUCAAAGAAAAUGCCCUGCCCAGCAAUAUAUUCGGCUACCUACUUGUCCAAUACUUCCUCCGGUAUUUCAAGAGCAAACCUCUCGAUACUGCAUGCUACGACGAUCCCAACGAGAUCGCAAAAUGCGGGUCACUUGGCCACCGAAGCUUUUUGAAACAACAAUUACCAAUCCGAGAAGGUCCCAGACCUGAGAAGGGCAAAUGGGUAGUGCCCCACAGGCAGGUCAGCCAAUUCGGUGAAAAGGAUAUGCACAAACUAAUCGAUCAAACCAUUAUCGACCUAGCCAAAACUUAUCCUGAACACGUAAUUCUCACUACAUCUGCCCUCGAAAAGCAUGGCGACGCCCUCCUAAUUGCAGACAAAGUUCCGACGCCUCAUCUCCCAGCACGGAAGACGAAACGAGAAAUAGCACACGUUCAUACAGAAGGAAAGAAUGUGGACUAUUCAAUGCACGCAGUACUCUCGCCUAAAGACUGCAAAGAUGUGAUUGAGAAGGGAUGGGGUGAAAGAAUGACCUUGGCAGGCACUUUAAAGAUGCCUGCGGAAUAUCUGUUGAUAUAUACUCCGAGAACAGAGUCAGAAUUGAAGAUUGCGAGAGGUAUCUUAGAGGCUGCGAUUGGGUUUAUGACUGGCGCGACGAGACCUGUGGAAGAGUAGCGGAUAGACUACUCAGCCGAGAAAGACACACCAUAGUUGACAAUUUACAGUCUAAUCGUAUUUUUUUUUGGGUAUAUAUAUCUGCAUCUUUGUGAUGAUAGAACAUUGGAAAUAGUCAUUUCA